AUGGACGUUGAUAUCAUUAUGAACGAUGAUAUCAAGGACGUUGAUAUCAUCAUGGAUGUUGAUAUCAUUAUGGACGUUGAUAUCAUCAUGGAUUUUGAUGUCACCGAGGGCGUUGAUAUCAUCAUGAACGUUGAUAUCAUCAUGGAUUUUGAUGUCACCGAGGGCGUUGAUAUCAUCGAGGAAGUUGAUAUCAUCGAGGACGUUGAUAUUAUCAUGGCCGUUGAUAUCAUCAUGGACGUUGAUAUCAUUAUGGACGUUGAUAUCAUCACGGAUUUUGAUGUCACAGAGGGCGUUGAUAUCAUCAUGAACGUGGAUAUCAUUAUGGACGAUGAUAUCAAGGACGUUGAUAUCAUCAUGGACGUUGAUAUCAUCAUGGACGUUGAUAUCUUCAUGGAUUUUGAUGUCACCGAGGGCGUUAAUAUCAUCGAAGACGUUGAUAUCAUCAUGUAUUUUGAUGUUACUGAGGACGUUGAUAUCUUCAUGGAUUUUGAUGUCACCGAGGGCGUUGAUAUCAUCGAGGACGUUGAUAUAAUCGAGAACGAUGAUACCAUUAUGGACAUGCUCAAUAACGCCCUUCUGAGACAGGAAUCUCGCUAA